AUGGGUGGGUUUAUGGGAUUCAUGCCAUGGAAGGAAGGAGGAGUGGGUGCGGCCUGGGAAGGAAAGGAAGGAGGAGUGGGUACGGCCUGGGAAGGAAAGGAAGAUGAAAAGAGGAAGAAAAGGAGGAAAAAGAAACGGCCUUGGGAAGGAAAGGAAGAAGAAAAGAGGAAGAAGAAAAGGAGGAAGAAGAAACGGCCUUGGGAUGGAAAGGAAGAAGAAAAGAGGAAGAAAGAAGGAAAGAGAAAGAAAAAGAGAAAAAAGAAACGGCCAUGA